UACAGGACCAACCUAUUAGUGGUUGAAAUGUCAGACAGCUAGUCCACGCCUUGCACGUUUCCCCAAUUCCUCAACUGCAAUUCCCUCCCAUUGGCUCACUCUUGGUCGCACUAGAGUCCAGCAUGCGAGCGCCAAUGGCGGCCGCCGUGCUCCUGGCCGCCAUCCUGGCGCUGUCCACCUGCGCCGCAACCGCCACCGCCACCGCGGCGGCGGAGGCGGACCGCAUCGCCAGCCUGCCGGGCCAGCCGCCGGUCAACUUUUCCAUGUACUCCGGCUACGUCACCGUCGAUGCCGCCGCGGGGCGCGCUCUCUUCUACUGGCUCAUCGAGGCCGCCGCCGUCCCCGCGGAGUCGGCGCCGCUCGUGCUCUGGCUCAACGGCGGCCCCGGGUGCUCCUCCGUCGGCUACGGUGCGUCCGAGGAGCUCGGCGCCUUCCGGAUCAACUCCGACGGCAGGACGCUCUUCUUGAACCCCUACCCCUGGAACAAAGUGGCGAACAUGCUGUUCUUGGACUCGCCGGCUGGCGUUGGGUACUCCUACUCCAACACCACCUCUGAUCUGUUCACCGCCGGUGACAACAAGACAGCUCAUGACUCAUACACUUUCUUGGUGAAUUGGUUGGAGCGGUUUCCGCGGUACAAGUAUCGCGAUUUCUACAUCACCGGAGAGAGCUAUGGAGGUCACUAUGUCCCUCAGUUGUCUCAACUAGUCUACCGGAACAACAAAGGAAUUGAGAAGCCAAUCCUAAACUUCAAAGGCUUCAUGGUCGGAAAUGCGGUAAUUGACGAUUACCAUGACUACAUUGGCACAUUUGAGUACUGGUGGACACAUGGGCUUAUCUCUGAUGAAACCUAUCAGAAAUUGCGAUUGGCCUGUGAGUUUGAUUCAUCUGAGCACCCAUCGAAGGCAUGCAACAAGAUCAAUGAAAUUUCUGAUGCUGAGAUAGGGGCGAUUGAUGCAUACAGCAUCUACACGCCUACUUGUAAGAAGACUUCAUUUCUUAAGCGCAGGCUUAUAAAGGGCAGAACGCCCUGGUUGCCCAGAGGAUAUGAUCCAUGCACCGAAAAAUACUCCACAAAGUACUAUAACUUACCUGAGGUGCAGAAAGCUUUACAUGCCAAUGUCACUGGAAUACCGUAUGCCUGGACAACCUGCAGUGACCCAUUGUUUGAACAUUGGAAAGAUUCACCGAGGUCCAUGCUUCCUAUUUACCAUGAACUUAUCACGGCAGGCAUAAGGAUAUGGGUUUUCAGUGGAGAUGCUGAUUCUGUUGUCCCCCUCACUGCGACAAGAUACUCCAUUGAUGCGCUCUAUCUACCAACUCUCACAAACUGGUAUCCUUGGUAUGACGAUGAAGAGGUUGGUGGAUGGUGUCAAGUGUAUAAGGGUUUGACAUUGGUGACGAUCCGAGGAGCAGGGCACGAGGUUCCCCUCCAUCGUCCACGGCAAGGCCUGAAGCUCUUCGAGCAUUUCCUGAAAGAUAAGCCCAUGCCCAAGCCUGUAGAUAGCAUUCAAUCAUUUUAGAAAUUUUAUCUCGCUUCAAGAAGAAGACCAGACCACUUAUGUCAUAUUGCUGUAGAAUUUCAUAUUCAUAGCCACAUUUUCAGAUGAACAGAUUUCACCUGUCCAAUCGAUGUUGGCCAACCUUAAUUGUUUCGAUUAUCUGUUCCACUAUGGUAAUUUCAGAAAUCAGGACAUAAUGCCCAUUGAAGUAAAGCUGAUUGAGGCUUGCUUUGGGUUCCAGUCUUUCAGAAACUGCAACCACUGAGAUGGCAGUGUAGUUUGGAAGUUAUAUAUGCACAUACUUGCUUGAAA